GAAUUCUGAAGGAAGAGGGCUCAGAAGAACAUCAAGCUUGCCGUGCAUCUCUCUCUCUCUCUCUCUCUCUCUCUCUCUCUCCCCCUCUCCCCCCCACCCCUCUCUGUGACAGACGUCAAAAAUACCACCAUGGGAGCGCGGAUCAGAAGCUUUCCACGCAGCCACACUUCACACUUGGCCGUCUUCAGCCGUUCUCAUGCGUGCAAAUCUCAAACAAAACUCAUCUUUACUGCAGAAAAACACGACUCCAAGGUGACAAUGAAGAAAGCCGUUUAUUUCUAUCCCGUCUGCUCCAAGUAAAGGCAGUACGUCGGACUGACACGACUUUACACGCCUGUGAGAGGAUCGGUCACCUUCUUUGCAACACCCAUCGGCAAAUUCCUGCUUCGAGAGGAGGGGGGGAAAGAGGGAGAAGAUGUGGAUCUUUUACAGUUCGGACGAUUCAAAGUGUAUCUUUUCUAUUUGGAACCAGUGGUGUUUGUAUUACGCAGCAGUGAUGUGUUUGUUGUUUUCGCCCGUAAGGAUGGACGACGCGUGCCCGUCGUCCUGCAUCUGUACCAGGGACUCGAGGACGGUGACCUGCCGUGACGGGGACUACACCGAGGUACCCAGAGACAUGCCAAAGUGGACGUCCACCUUGACACUUACAGGGAGUAACAUCUCAACUUUACAGCGUGAUGCGUUCAUGACCAACGGCACGGAGUUGGAAAUGACAACACUCUCUCUGUCCUAUAACGGGAUACAGGCCAUUGAACCUUACGCCUUCCUGGGGCUUUCCCGGUUACAUUCGUUGGAUCUUAGCCACAAUCAGUUGGAGUUUAUCUCAUCCAGGGCUUUCCAUGGAUUACCCGAGCUGCGCUCUCUUAACCUGAAUUACUCCGUUUCUCCUGCGGCCACCGCGCAGCUCUCAGAUGCGCUCAACACACAAAGUUUGCGCAACCUGCACAGACUGGAGUUGGCGGGAAACAAGCUGACGUCUAUCCCCCUCGAGAGAUUAGAUGUCUUUAACCUCCACGAGUUGGUGCUGAUUAAUAACUCAAUAGAGAUCAUCGGGGAGGAAAAUGUAACCAGUUUGUACCAGCAAAGGCGCAUACGCGUCUACUUGUCUUUAAAUCCGUUUCGGUGCAGCUGUGAACUGGAGGCGUUUUACUACUGGCUGAAGAACUCGUCCCAGUGCCUGGAUGCAGGGCGUCUCCUGUGCAGCGAGCCAGAGGCUAAGAGGGGGAUUCCCGUGGAAAAGCUCCGGGGAGAGGAGGUUGAUUGUAUGAACGAGAACCUGGAGGCGGUGUCAUAUGUUUUCCUAGGUAUAGUGUUGGCUCUCAUCGGGGUGGUGUUCCUGAUGGUGCUCUAUCUCAACCGGGGAGGCAUCAAACGGUGGCUCAACAACAUCAGAGAGGCCUGCCGAGACCAGAUGGAGGUAUAUCAUUACCGCUAUGAGCAGGACUCAGACCCCAGACUGGCCAACGUGGCUGUUUAACCAGUCGAAACAUCAAUCCAGUGCUACAUAAUGUGAGGACAAACCAUAUUACCAGGAGAACUAUUUAUCAAAGACUGUGGCCUUGACCUGUCACAACUACAACUGAUGGUUUUUUAAAACUAGUUUCAUCACGUUCAGCCCAUGAAUUCACUCUGGGAUAUGCACAGAGCCAAAGGCAGUUAAAUAUAAGUAACUGUUCAUCCAGCACAACCGAAUACUUCAAUCUUCUCAGCAGUGUUGUACAUAUUGUAUAUAAGUAUCUCCUCAUAGCAGAGAGGAGAUACUCGUGUUAUCUUACACAGCCCCACUUGUUUAGCAUUUACCCUCAGUAACCAAGUCCAAAGCGCACAGUAAGGGUCCAUCAAAUUUCCAAUUGGAAAAGCUGAGUCAGCGUUAUUACCCAAAGCUGCCGCCCCUGCUUAAUAUUUUACAUUCAGAAAAACCUGCACAGAGAACAAGACUGCUUUUAAUCUACCAGGGAGUGCAUAUUAUCAGAAAACUGUCAGAGAAGGAAAGUCAUUUGGCAUUUUUUUAAUGGAGUGCCAUGUUUGUGGAAUAUGUUACACACCAUGUUUUCACGAAGACCCUUUUAUUUCAGAGAAGAACGUGUGUCAUUUGACACCAGAUCAGCUUAUCAGUAAAACUGUGGAAAAAGUGAAAGAGAGACCAAUUUUAACCGUGCAUGUGAUUCCUGUAGGCAUAGAAAACCAACCAAAACAUUAAUAAAAAGCCAAACACAAAAAGAAAAAGAAAAAUCAUGAGUUUGCAGUGUGUCUGUACAUUUUAUCAUCACUGUCAGGGAAUGUAGACUUUAUGCAGCACUGUGUCAGACAUUAAAUGUAUUUUUUUCCUGCUGUGUUUCUGAAUGAGUGUGCAAGCUCCUGGUGAAAUUUGCAGAACGUGUGACUUCACAAACUAAAGUGAGGUGUCACAUUGUCAUCGGGGUUCAAGGACUAGAGGGAAAGACUGGAGAGAUAUGACAUAAAAGCGCAGUCGUGUUAAUCACAUCAGGACUGUGACUAAUAACCUGUAAAGACUGAUCAUGGUAGUUGGUAUCUUUACGGCUCACGGCUGAUCGACCUUCUUAGCUAAAGGUCUCCAUUACAGUCAAGGUCACUGUGUGUAUAUGAAAUGAAAACAAACUGUAGCUAUGGAUUUCUAAACAAGCAGUAGGUUAUUUUCCGUUGUCAGAUCAUUAGUGGAAGGUAAGAGAGUGAGUAAAUCAACGCACCAGGCAUAGCAACUAACCAAGGAAUCAGUGUAGCAGCUGUUCCUCCCUCAUAAAUCAUAACAAAUGUGAUUAAUACACCUGAUUAAAGACAAUGAGGCGAGAAAAUUAGAAUCAUCCACACCGCACUGGAUGAACAGUUCUAACAAAAGGAGCGAGGUGAUGAUUAGCACUUUCCGGUGCAGAGAGGGAUCAAGCAGUGACAGAUCACUGUAAAACACAUGGCCCCCUCUCUAGACAAGCUACAGUUAUUUAUGUCUUCAUAUACAGAUAAAAAUAUUACAAUGUCUGCAUGUUUAACUUAAACUUCCAGUUAAGGGAUUAGAUAAUGAAUACAUGGACAGAUUUUUUUUAAAGCCAUUUUAUUAUGUCAGCAGGAGGAUGCACCUUUACGUAACAAAAGACAUCAAGCUGUGACACCGUGCCACUUCGUGACAUGCCACUGUACCAUACGCUGUCAUGUUGCAUAUGAAGUCUGAGGAGAUAAAGCUAAUCACCAGGACAGCAGUGUUCAAGGAUAAAAGCUUUUGUGUGCUGUAUAUGCAUGUUCCACGUCUGCAGCCAUGCCAGCAGCUCUGCGAGGCUGCACUGAAACACAUUUGCGCUUUGAGCUCAAAGCUACCAACAGUUCACAUGUUCACUGUUAUAAUGCUGAUGUCAAGCAGGUGUAAUUUACAAUAUUUACAAACCUUAGUUUAGUGCAUUAGCAUUCGUCAGAGUUCACUAAAAUGAAGAUGGUAACGAUGUAGAUUUGAUUAUGAACAUUUUAAGAUCUUUGGUACUAGAUAAAAAGUUGGAGGAUGGUGACCAAGAAUGUUUUAUUGCUCUCCAGCAUUUCAGUCUGUGGGAAAGUGGUGGGGCAGGCCAUCCCCGGAGUAACAUUACCACUGUGCCUGAAAUUGAAGAAUCCAGGCUUAAUUCAAAGUGAGCACUGUUGACAAGUAACAACCUAUAAAAGUCCAUAAUUUGAAAUGUGUGUUGUUAUUCUGUCAAAACCAAUUUUUUUAGUUGUUCUUAGAGAUUUGGGUUAAUCUCAUAACAAUGCACUAAAUAAUGAAAUGCAAGAUUGCUGAAAGCACACUGUCUGAGUUUUUCAGGCCUUUGUGGUGUUACUACGAGGUCCAGAAUAUGAAUAAUGGAUGUGUGGAUUUUAAGCCGUUGUUUACAAAUGCAAAUAAAUGUGAAAAAGCUAAUGAAAUGCUAAAUCAUCCCCAGACUAAUGGUUCGGGGGGUUGCCUUUGGGCAAACUAAUUCUGUUCUUAGACAUUAAAGAACACAAAGCAUUUCAUAACAACAAUAAUAAUAAUGAAGGAAGAUUGAUGGAAUAUAGGGAACAAUGUUAUAAUGAGACAAAACUGAGUUUCUUAACUUAUUGUAUGUGCUUCUGGUUUCAGUUUAAAUGCUGGGCUUGUGUGCCUUUAAAAAUCCAGAAGUACAAACCCACACAAACUUGACUAGAGCCAGUUGGGAUCAUAUAUUUCUAUGAUAUUCACAGUUAUAUCCCCCAUGAUCAGUCCUGCUACUUCAUUUAGUCAAAAUGUAAUCUCCUUUGCAAUUAAUUUUAUUCCAAACUGAAAUCAACAUAAAUCAAUGAUCUUCCUAAUUUCUGUUCAAUCCCGACUUUGACUAUGUCUCCUUUAUCUUUCUUCUGCGUGUUCUCUGCCUCUUUGACCAUCACCUUUUUCUAUUUUCUGGAGUCCUGGGCCAUAAAUAAACA